AACGUAGCUGGUCUGACUUAAAAACACGUUGUGCUUUUAACUUGAAGGGGAAGUGUGCGUUAUUCGUUUCCCACCUCUCGCGCCGCUCAGCUUGACGCUGCUCUCGUAGUGGACGUGCGGGACCUGAGGAGGAGCUGAGUAGGAGAACCUGUUCACAGCUUCACUCAAGUUCUGUUACGCCAGCCUGAACUCACGGGCCAUGUCCGGGUCCUACUGCAGGAGUUUGUACCCGUUCAGCGGGCAGCAGCACCAGCAGGGACUGGGCUUCGAGGCCGGGGACAUUAUUAAGGUGGUCCAGGCUCUCCCCGGAGGCUGGUGGGAGGGAGAGCGGGAUGGAGCGACAGGGUGGUUCCCCUCGAGCUACGUCCAGGUCCUGGAGAAGACAGCCUCUCUGAGUCAGCUACCUGUUGAAGAUCUCAAAGACCCCUUGCCUCUGCAGUGGAGAUGCUAUAUGUCCCCACAAGGGCGCCAAUACUACGUCAACACCACAAGCAACGAGACCACAUGGGAGAGACCGUCCAGUGCACCUGGGACACCCAGGACCCCCUCCAGACACAAUAAUUCCCUGCCAACAGUGAACGGAUUUCGCUCAGGUGGUAGUCCCUUGCAUCAUGUGGAGCAUUCACACAGCAGUCUGGUUAGGAAGAUCAGCACGGUGCCACAGAGUCCAGAAUCGCCUUCUCCCACCCAGAAACAGAACAAGGAGACCCCGGUCACGAUUAACUGUGUGACAUUCCCGUCUCCUGCAUGCCUGCCGGAGCAACAGCUGUUGAAACCAAACGAAUGGAGCUACUGUGACUUCUUCUGGAAUGAUAAGAAGGAUCCCCUGGGCAACGGCUGCAUAACAGGAUUUGAGGUUAUUCUGCAAAAACAGCUGAAGGGGAAACAAAUGCAGAAAGAGAUGGCUGAGUUCAUACGAGAAAGGGUAAAGAUAGAAGAGGAGUACGCCAAGAAUCUCUCCAAGCUCUCCCAGGUCCAUCUAGCGAGUCAGGAAGAAGGGACUCUGGGGGAGGCUUGGGCCCAGCUGAAGAAGAGCCUGGCAGACGAAGCUGAGGUUCACCUAAAGUUCUCCUCAAAGCUCCAGAGUGAAGUGGAGAAGCCUUUUCUGGCCUUCAGGGAGAACUUUAAGAAGGACAUGAAGAGGUUUGACCAUCACAUCGCUGACCUACGGAAACAACUGGUUGGUCGCUAUGCAGCGGUGGAGAAGGCCCGCAAGGCACUGGCUGACAGACAGAAAGAGCUGGAGUUGAAGACUCAGCAACUGGAGAUGAAACUCAGCAACAAGAUUGAAGAAGACAUCAAGAAGGCCCGCAGGAAAUCCACUCAAGCAGGAGACGAUCUGAUUCGCUGUGUGGACCUGUAUAACCAGUCUCAGUCCAAAUGGUUUGAGGAGAUGGUCACCACAAGUCUGGAGUUGGAGCGGCUGGAGCUGGAGCGGGUGGAGAUGAUCAGACAGCAUCUGUGUCAGUACACCACCCUUCGACAUGAGACAGAUAUGUUCAACCAAAGUACGAUGGAGCCGGUGGACCAGCUGCUGCAGUGUGUGGACCCAGCCAAAGACAGAGAGCUUUGGGUGCGAGAGAAUAAGACUGGGGAGACCAGGCCAGUGGACAUAGAAAUCUGAGCCCCGUGCUGUUUGACAGCUCUGUACAUGCACACCUACACCCCCUGGCUCACCAUGUUCCAGGGGCCACAUGCCUGAGGACCAACGAGGACAUGAAAUCUGUGCUGGGAUCCUCCCACUGAACCACUUGAGGGAGGACCAGUCAGUGCUCACUGGUGAAGAUGAAUUCAGUAUACAGGAGUAGAGUAAAGAUGUCCGAUGGUGUCAGGUGCUGAUGCCUGGCUGAGAUGGCACAGGGACGUGGACACUACAAGUGUGAAUUGUGUGGCUAAUGCCCCAAAAGAAGCCCCUACAAUGGGCAUUUAAACACCUGCUAAUGUUGAAGAUGUCAUGCAGCGGUGUUUGUGCUUUUGCUGCGUGAGGUAAUUCACUGAUUCCUUUUUGUUUAACAGAGAACUGUGUUACUGUGUUCCAGAAUAAGACCAAAGUAUUUUAAUGCUAAUAUCUGCCAUGGGUCGUUUUGCUAAGCCCCGCCCACCCUUGCUGUUGUUACAAAGGCACAUAUUACAUUUACAAAAAUAAUAAUUAUUGUACAAUAGGUCUUUGUUUAAAAUGUUUUGAAUACAAAUAAACCAAAGCAGCUUCUUAA